AUGAACAGCCGCAAAAUCGCCACUUUCACCAAAAUUUACUCAGAAAAGCCUCAAGACCUUGGGGAUGAGUUCCGGUCCAAAGACAUGUACAAACUGCUGAAGGCUUUAACCCCAGAGGAAAACACCUGCUGUCAACAUGGCCUCUACUUCCAGGAUGGUCAGAGGCGUGUUGAUUACAUCCUGACGUAUCCUGUGAAGAAGCCAGCAGGGGGCCGAUCCAGUCGACAGUCAAUGCACCUGCUCACUGAAAUUGCUGGUUCCCGCAGCCUACGCUGUUCCCCCUGGAGUCGUGGCAAACAUGUCCAAUACCACCAAGCAGAAAUGGCGAGAGACUCGUCAUUAUCUCCACCAUCAUCACCACAGUCCAAUGUGGAGCUGGGCUGCCCAGGAGAGAACUUUGAUGGCCAGGAGGAUCAUAAGUCAUUCAGGAGGGAAGAAUUUGAAUGGAAACUACGAGAAAUGGGGCUGGAGCUAGAGAAAGACGAGGAUGCAAAGAUUCCAGGAGUGUGCUUUGUGAAGAUCCAUGCUCCCUGGAAUGUUCUCUGUCGAGAGGCCGAGUUCAUGAAGCUAAAGAUGCCCACAAAGAAGGUAUAUGAAGUCAAACAGUCGAACAGUCUUAUGGAGAAGAUCUGCUCUCUUGUCAGUAAAGUUCUGGAGCCUCUCCAUCCCCAUGUCGAGGAACACCAGCCUAAGAACAUCAAACAUCUGUCGCACACUUUCUCCAGGGAAAAACAACAUCUGUUUGACCUCUCAGACAAAGAUUACUUCUUCGACAGCAAAACCAGAAGUUCAAUAGUAUUUGAAAUACUCAAAAGAACCAAAUGCAAAGCCAAGUACAGCAUGGGUAUCACCAGUCUCCUGGGUAGUGGUGUCUACACAGCAGCCUAUCCCCUUCAUGAUGGAGAUAUUGAUGAGGAGAGCGCAGAGUCCAAUGACAGAAAGCUUUUGUAUGAAGAGUGGGCAAACUAUGGUGUCUUCUACAAGUACCAACCCAUCGGACUUGUGCGGAAGUAUUUUGGUGAGAAGAUUGGCCUGUACUUCGCAUGGUUGGGUCUGUAUACCCAAAUGCUGAUUCCUGCAUCUCUAGUUGGAGUCAUUGUCUUUCUGUAUGGAUGUGCCACAGUUGAUGAUAACAUACCAAGUAUGGAGAUCUGCCACCCAAAGAACAACAUCACCAUGUGUCCUCUGUGUGACAGAGUGUGCAGCUACUGGAAGCUUAGUACUGCCUGUGGAACUGCCAGGGCUAGUCACCUGUUCGACAAUCCCGCCACUGUGUUCUUUUCUAUUUUCAUGGCUCUGUGGGCUGCCAUGUUCAUGGAGCAUUGGAAGAGGAGACAGAUGAGACUGAAUUAUGAAUGGGACCUGACUGGGUUUGAAGAUGAGGAGGAAGCUCUCAAGGACCACCCCAGGGCUGAGUAUGAAUUCAGGGUCAUGCAGAAAUCUCUGAGCAAACAUCAGAUAUCACAUCAAAAGAUGGAAAAACUUACAUGUCAAGACCGUCUCCCUGCCUACAUGACUAACAUUGUCAUGAUGCUGUUAAUGAUUGGUGUUACGUUUGCCAUUGUAUUUGGUGUGAUUCUCUACCGGAUCUCCACCAAAGCUGCUCUUCAUAUGAGCUCCAAUCCAACCACACGGAACCAUGUACAACUAACAGUCAAAACCACAGCAGCUAUUAUCAACCUGGUGGUCAUCCUCAUACUGGAUGAGGUCUAUGGAGCUGUGGCACGAUGGCUCACUGUGUUAGAGGUUCCAAAAACAGACAAGAGUUUUGAGGAACGACUGAUCUUCAAGACCUUCAUUCUCAAGUUUGUCAAUGCUUUCAGCCCCAUCAUCUACAUUGCUUUCUUUAGGGGAAGACUGGUAGGCAGACCAGGCAGCUACCUGUAUGUAUUUGAAUCCUACAGAAUGGAAGAGUGUGCUCAUGGAGGCUGUCUGAUGGAGCUGUGUAUCCAGCUGAGCAUCACCAUGUUGGGGAAGCAGCUAAUUCAGAAUAACCUUUUUGAGAUUGGAAUACCGAAACUAAAGAAGCUGAUUCGCUUCAUCCGGUCAAAGCAAGGGGCUUUUCAAGAAGAAGAGAGGCAGAAGAAGCUGCAGAGAUAUGAAAUUGACCACUUCCUCGAACCAUUUGCUGGGUUAACACCUGAAUAUAUGGAAAUGAUCAUUCAGUUUGGUUUUGUCACAUUGUUUGUGGCAUCCUUCCCCCUGGCUCCGCUUUUUGCUCUGCUAAACAACAUCAUCGAAAUACGACUUGAUGCCAAGAAAUUUGUGACUGAAUUGCGUCGACCAGUGGCAGCAAGAGCCAAAGACAUUGGUAUAUGGUACAACAUCCUAAGAGGGGUAGCAAAAGUGGCUGUCAUCAUUAAUGCAUUUGUUAUCUCCUUCACCUCUGACUUCAUCCCUCGGAUGGUCUACCAGUACAUGUACAGCCCUGAUGGUUCCAUGCAUGGAUUUGUCAACCAUACUCUGUCCCAUUUUAAUGUCAGCCACUUCCAGGAUGGCAAAGAGCCCAUGGAUCCAUUGCAUCUUGGCUAUCCAGUUGGGAUCUGCAGGUAUAAGGACUACAGAGAGCCUCCUUGGUCAACCACUCCGUAUGAGAUCUCCAAGGAAUUUUGGGCAGUGCUUGCUGUGCGACUGGCCUUUGUCAUUGUUUUCCAGAAUGUUGUGAUGCUGAUGAAUGACAUUGUGGACUGGCUAAUUCCAGACAUCCCUAAAGACAUCAGCAUGCAGAUCCACAAGGAGAAGAUUUUAUUGGUGGAUCUCUUCAUGAAGGAAGAGCAUGGUAAGAUCCACAUCAUUGAGAGGAGGGCCUCUACUGGAGGAAAGGAGAACAGCAGCUGGAGCAAAAACAACAACGCAAUGGCUAACCCAUACUUCGGGCUACACACCAACAGCUUCUAA